UGACACAGCACAUCUCAGUGACGGGCCCGCUCCCACACAUUCGCCCACUCGCAAGAGCGCCUUGCGCAGGGACCAUAGGAAGAAGCAAGGUUUUUGCUGCUCGUUUCGCAGUCAAUAGGUUGUGCUGCGGUAGGCAAUGACAAGUUCGCUUUGCCAGCAGUGACGCCUUGUAGUUCUAGUUCUCGACGCGCAGUUCAAAACCCAGAUCUGAGCCUCUCUCUGCCGCCGACUCCGACUUCGCCGGGGAUCGACUUGCAUCACGCAAAGCUCCAGUCUCACGCCUCGCAACCUCGUUUCGUUGCGUGGAUAACCAACUCGCUCUCUCUACUUGGUUCGCUCUCGUCUCCUUCGUACCCUUUGCUAGCCACCGGUGUCCUUCUGUUUCUUGUAAACCGCCCGCUUGCGCAGUGCUUUCCGCUGCAUCCACCCCUCCUCAGACACGAGAUCACAUCGCCUUCCAACACAAUGGCAACCGCUGAGAGGGUGCUCAUGAACGAGUACCGCUCGCUUCAGAAGGAAAAAUGGACCAAUAUUGAGCUCGUCAACGAGUCGAUUUUCGAAUGGAACGUCGCCCUCAUCGUCCUCAACCCAGACUCGCUCUACUACGGCGGCUACUUCAAAGCCAAGAUGACAUUUCCUCGCGACUACCCCUACUCACCUCCUACAUUCAAGUUCCUGCGUCCGCUCUUCCACCCCAACAUCUAUCCGGACGGCCGGCUGUGCAUCUCGAUUCUGCACCAGCCCGGCGAGGACGAAAUGUCUGGUGAAUCGGCUGCUGAACGCUGGAACCCCUCCCAGCGUGUCGAGUCCGUACUUAUCUCCGUGCUCAGCCUCCUAGACGACGCUGAGGUUAGUUCGCCGGCCAACGUGGACGCCGGUGUGAUGCUGAGGAAAGACCCGGAGGCCUACAAGGAGAUGGUCAAACGCGAUCUGGAGGCAAGCAAGGCAGAUAUUCCCGAGGGAUAUGUGAUGCCCACUGCCGCAGAUGCGUACAAAACAGUCCGCGAGCCUAGCUUCAACAUGGACGACUGGGGCGAUUCGGACGAGGAGGAGUUGGAUUUUGGAGGAAGUGACAGCGAUUUCGAGGACGAGGACAUGGAAGUGGACGACGAGGCAAGCGGGAGCGAGGGUGAUGAUGAGGAGACAUUGGACAAAGCGUGAAGCUUUUUUGCGAGGACGUCGAGUCAUAUACCUUUCCUUGCCUCCACUGGUCUGCUAUUCAUCAAGCGAGGAGUUCGGGCGGGCAUAGCUAUGGGGAAGACAUUUGCAUGGGAAGGAUACCCGUGCUUCAUUUUCCUUCUCGCCUCAAGUCCUGGAGUUCGUGCAGGCGUUGUGAAUUGCUUGUUUGCGGCGCGAGUUGAUACGGUCAUCAUCCUUACUUGUCUUCUAUUUGCAUGUGCUCGGUGGAAAUCUCAGUCACGUUCUACUAUGUACACAAGGUUGUGGCCGUCUUUAAGUCCACAUCGUUUGCGUCUAUACACUCGACGAAUUUUAGAUUCGGCUACGAAAUCAAUGUUGAUGGAAAUGUGGUACGCGUGGUAUUUCCUAUCGCUAACGUGCAGUUCUGGCUGCAUCAACUACCGAUCUUUAAUAUUGAAAAGUCGGGUUUGCCGCCACAGCCUCUUCUACUUCUCUAACUGCGUCAUAGCCGUAUAACCAUCUCUGAACUACGGGACACGUCCAACGACUGGGGAAGGGUUCGUUGGUCUCAUCCUCCUUCUCGAACCUGGACAUAAAGAUUCGGUCUCGGGCUUCUUGCUCUGCGC